AUGACAAGUGUUUCUAUUUCUCAACAAGAAUCAUUACCCCGAAAUUCAAAUAGUUCUGCAAACGAUAUUUCUUCUCGUCAAACAGAAUCAAAUUUAUCUGAUAUUCAUUCACGCUGUUGGACUUUUUUAUUUGAUAACUUAAAAAGAUCUAUUGAACAAAUCUAUCAAACAUGUGAAUCUGAUCAAAAUCCAUUACAAUGCCAAGAAGUUAUACAAUUCCUUUGUCAAUAUUGUAAAAAUUUUGAAAUACUUAUAAAAAAACAGCAAAGUCUUCCUAAUGAAACAAAAAGAGAAUAUCUUAGCACUUCAUUAAUUACAUUACCAAUACGAACAAAAAAUUCAUCUUUCAGGUCAUUUGAACAUUCUCAAUCAAUUUGUAAUGAUUUCCUUGUUAAAUCAGAUGAAAUAUUCAAUUCUAAUGAAUUAUCACAUCGGCAAAAAUCUUUGCAUAAUAAUGAUAUAAAUUUAAAUAUAAACAAUUCAUCACAUCAUCGUUCUUCGAAUGAUUCAAUGAAAUUAAAACGUCAAAAAUCAAAUAAACAUCGUACAUCAAUUGAUAGUGCAAGUUUACUCUCAUUACCAUCAUUAUUUUCCUCAUCAACAUUAAUUAAUGAAUCUUCGACGACAUUAAUUGGAAGUACAAAUCAGUCAUUAUUUUCAAUUAAAAAGCCAUUAACUGAUGAAACAGUUGAAGAUGCCGAUGAUGAAAAAGAUAUUCAUGAUGAUUUGAUAAAUGUGAAUCGAUACCAUCGAUAUUACCGGCAGUUAUCUAUAACAUCACAUCAUCGGAUGAAGCAACAAAGUGUAACAUCAGAAGAAGAUGAUGAAGAAUUAUUAUUGAGAAAUCAUCGAGGAAUGGUGGAUUUUAUGGAUCGACAAAUAUUCGAUGUAUUUGAUCAAGAAGAAUCAUUAACUGCUGCAUUGGAAGCAGAACAAGAACGAGCCAUUGCUUCAUUAAUGGCUGAACAAGAAGAUCUUGAACAACAAUUAAAAAAUGUUAGCGAUGAUGAUCUUUUAUUAGGUGUUGAUGAUGGUUCAGAAUUAGAAGAAAGUGAACUAUCGACAACCAAAACGUCAAGCUAUUUUAUGUCAUUACCGGGUGAUCAAGAUGAAAAAGAUUCAAGUCUAAUCGAUCUUUCACGUGAUGAUAAUGAUUCUGAUUUUGAUGGAAAAUCACGAACAAAACAUCAACGUCUUUAUGAAAAAUUAUCAACACCUUCACGUAUUCGACCUUUGAGUGAAACGCUUCGUGAAGCAGCUGAACGUCAAGCACGAGCAUUAAGAAAACGACAAACAUUACGUGAUGAAAAGGCUCGUAAAUUACGUGAAUUAACUCAAAGAGUAAAUGAAGUUCGUCAAUGGAAAGAAGAAUUAAUAAAAGCACGUAAAACUACAAUCGAAAUAAAAAUGCAACGUGCUGAAGAAAAACGUCAAUAUUUAUUAUUAUUAAAAGCUAAAAAGGCUGGUGAUGAAGAUUUAAAAGGCCAAGAAAUUGCAUUUAUUAAAUGUUUACAACAAGAAAAUCGUCGACAAACAUUAAAAGAACGUUAUCAAAAAGAAGAACAAUAUAAACAAUAUCUUGAAGAAGAACGUGUUAGAAAACAUGAUGAACAUAAACAAAAAGAGUUAGCUGCAGAAAAUCGACGAAAAGAAUUAGAAGCUAUACGACAAACACGUCUUAAUGAGAUGCAAGAAAAAUGGAAAACAAAAGAACGAAUGAUUGAACAACAUUUAAAUGAAAGACGAAAGCAAAAACAAACGGCAGCUAUUGCUAAACAAAAAAGUUUUCAAAAGAAGCGUGCGGAGCGUGUCGAAUAUCUCAAAGCAUCAACUGUUGAAUUGAAGAAAAAAUUAGCAUUGAAACAAGAAGAAAGCGCGCGACGAUAUAUCACUCAACUCGAAGAAAUCCGUCGAAAAGCAAUGGAAAUGAGUACCUUACGUGGUCCAAGUGCUGAAGAUCAUCAUCAUGUAUCUCCAGUAGAUGAUGAUUCUAAAACAACAACAUCAAUAACAAAUAUUCCAACGAGUGAAGAACUUGUUGCAACUCGUAAAUGUUGUACACUAUGUAAUUUAUUGUUAGCUUCUGAUCUUCAUUUACAAACACAUUUACGUGGUACACGUCAUAAUCAAUUAUUAAUUGAAAGAUUCAAUCAAAAGAAUGACAAUGCUGCAAAGAAACAACCUACACAAGAAGAACUUAAUACAUUUAAUACAGAAUGUAUAGUAGUUGUUACAAGUGAUGAUAUUGUCCGACAACAAGUAGCUUAUAAUCGAGAACGAAAACAUGCAAUGAAAAAACGAGCUAAAAAAUUACGUCUUCGUAUGACUCAACGUUCGACAGCAUAUGAAAUUGAAAAUGCUCAACGACCUUACUUAACUUCGACACAUAAAGCACGUAUUCAACGAUUUUUAAACGAAUUAGAAAAAUCUUUGAGUACAACAGCAAGAAAAGAACCAUUAAACACAACAAAUUAUCUAGUAUGUCAACGUAUUCUUACUGAAUUUGUUAAAAUCUUCGAUACACAUGGUUAUGAAAAGGAUUCGCCACUAGAACAACGUGUAUUCUUUAGUUUAAAUGGUUAUUCGACAUUAAAUAAAAUGAUUGAAUUAAGAGCAGAAUGUAAUAAACCAGCACUUGCACCUGAAAGUCUUAUUGCACUUACUGUCUCCGUCUAUCGAGCGGCAACGUAUAAUAAUCUUGAUAAUGCAGUUUAUCUUCUGAAUAGUGGUAAAAUUUUAACACUUAUAGAAAGUUUUGUUCGACAUAUGAAUGGUUUAAAAAGUGAUAUUUUAAUAAUAAAUAAUGAUCAAAGUGAAAGUGAAAAAUUAGCUCAAAUUGAUUUAGUGUCUAAUUUAGCUAAAACACUUACUGAUUUACUUUUAAUGUAUAAUUCAAUAGCAAAAGAAAUAAGAAGUCGUGAUAAUGAAAGUAAAGAAGAUAAAUUAACAAUGAGUCGUUUAACAGAUUUAAUUAGUUAUAUGGCUAAUGUUGGCGUUCUUGAUCGUAUAGCAUCAUUCUUUCAUACAGCACGUGCAAUUAUUAAUACAACAAAGUUAUGUAUACCAGAUAUGAUUAUUCAUUGUUUGAAUCUUUUACAACAAAUGGUUGAUUUUUCAAAACAAAAAUCAUAUUUGCCUCUAUUUGAUCAAUCAUCAAAGAAAUCCAUUAAUGAUCCAGCACAAGUCUUAAGUAUAAUGAAGUCAACCAAUUUUUGCGACAUUCUUUCAUUACUUUAUGGUAUUCUUAUACAUGAAGCCGAUAAUAAUAAUCAAAUUAUUACUGAGAAUAAUAAUAAUAUUAAUAAUAACAAUAAUAAUAAUAAUAAUACGAUUACUUUACAUGAAAAAACCAUUACUAUUGUAAUUAAUUCAAUGAUAUUAUUAAACAGAAUAGCUUCAUUAGAUCUUGAUGCAUUUCAAACUAUUCUUGGUGAAGAAACCAUCUCUCUCCAACUUCGGCAUAUAGCUAAUUAUAUUCUUGCUUAUUGUAAUCAUAAACAAACAACAAAUAAUGAUAAUCUUUUACAUGAAAUUAUUCUUCUUAUUGGUUAUUAUUGUGUAUUAAAUCAAGAUAAUCAAUGCCGCAUGGCAUUUGGUAAUCGGCCAACUGUACUUCAACAAUUAUCAUGUUUACCAUUUCGGUAUUUUGUUGAAUCAAAAUAUAUGGAUAUACUUUUUCCAACAUUAAUAUCUUGUUCAUAUGAUUGUGAUACAACACGAGCAAUACUUCAAACUGAAAUGUCACUUGAUCUUAUUGCAAAUUUCAUUGAAAUAAAAUUAACUGAAACAAAAACGAUCAAUGAAAUCGAUAAUCACUCAGUUAUUUCUGCAUUUUACAUGCGGUUUCCAUAUGAUGAAUGGAAUAAUGCAUUGCGAUACUAUCGACCAAUAUCAAAACGUAUUGAUAAACAUUAUAAUGAUGAAGAAAAAGAAAAUGAAUCUCAUCGAAUUGAUACUGAAAUUCAAUCCUAA